GCCCGCCGUCCGCGCCCCGCCCCUGCCCUGCCGAGUAACGGUUACGAAGCACUUUCUCGGCCGCGAUUUCUGCUUAGUCAUUGUCUUCCAGAAAACAGCUCCCUCGGCUGGGUGUCCGCUCUCAGUGGCGGCCGCAGACGCCGAGGCCCGGUCCCCGCCAGCGCCUCGCUCCCCCGCCGCCUCUCCGCCGCCGGCCUCCUUGGGCCCGAGCGCACACCGGGUUCAGUCGCGCGGAGUCGGCAACCUCGCGCUUGCCUGUCGGGCCUGGGGCUCCGCGCCCUCGCAGGCAGCCGUCUCCCCGCUCCCGAUCCGCGGCCGGGUCUCCGCCGGGCCCCCUCGGGCGACCGCUGCCAUGGGCACCGACAGCAGCGCGGCCGGGGAGCUGCUGGCGCGGGCCAGCACCCUGCACCUGCAGACCGGGAACCUGCUCAACUGGGGCCGUCUGCGGAAAAAGUGCCCAUCCACACACAGCGAGGAGCUUCGAGAUUGUAUCCAAAAGACCUUGAAUGAAUGGAGUUCCCAGAUCAGCCCUGAUUUGGCCAGGGAGUUUCCAGAUGUCUUGGAAUGCACUGUAUCCCAUGCAGUAGAAAAGAUAAAUCCUGAUGAGAGAGAAGAAAUGAAAGUCUCUGCAAAACUGUUCAUUGUAGGAUCAAAUUCUUCAUCAUCAACCAGAAAUGCAGUUGACAUGGCUUGUUCUGUCCUUGGAGUUGCACAGCUGGACUCUGUGAUCAUUGCUUCACCUCCUAUUGAAGAUGGAGUUAAUCUUUCCUUGAAGCAUUUACAGCCUUACUGGGAGGAAUUAGAAAACUUAGUUCAAAGCAAGAAAAUUGUUGCUAUAGGUACCUCUGACCUAGAUAAAACACAGUUGGAGCAGCUGUAUCAGUGGGCACAGGUAAAACCAAAUAGUAAUCAAGUUAAUCUUGCCUCCUGCUGUGUGAUGCCACCAGAUCUGACUGCAUUUGCGAAACAGUUUGACAUACAGCUACUGACUCAUAAUGAUCCAAAAGAACUGCUUUCGGAGGCAAGUUUCCAAGAAGCUCUGCAGGAGAGCAUCCCUGACAUUCAAGCACAAGAAUGGGUACCACUGUGGCUGCUGAGAUACUCUGUCAUUGUGAAAAGCAGGGGAAUCAUCAAAUCAAAAGGCUACAUUUUACAAGCCAAAAGAAGGGGCUCUUAACUACAACUCACUGACCUGCAUUUCUCUUGAACAUAAGAUAAAAUAUAUAAGAUAAAUUGAAAUGUGUGAAAAAUCUAGCUAUUGCCUAUCAGAAGUGUCACUGAGGACAUAGUGAGCUGUUUUGGCAGCGUGCUGCUUGUCAAGUUUUGAAUACUUCUCUUGCCUCCGUAUCAGUACACGCACAUGAACCACUGUUUUGUUUUCAUUAAACUAUUGUUUUCUAACUGAAAUUGUCUAUAAAGAAAAAUAUUUGCAAUAUAUUUCCUUUAUUUUUAUGAGUAAUAGAAAUCAAGAAAAUUUGUUGUUAGAUAUAUUUUGGCUUAGGCAUCAGGGCAAUGUAUAUACAUAUUUUUUAUUUCCAAGAUUCAUUAAUUGCUUCUUACUUUAUACUAUAACUAAGCAAUUUAAUUACAGCUAUUAAAAUAAAUACUAGAAGAUAUUUUUUCCUGCCAUUGGUGAAAUAACUAUAUUUCAGAGUAACUAGAGCAGCGAGGGUCUACUAGUAAUGUAAAUAAAAUUCAUUCUUCAAUGUGAGUGAAAACCUAAUUUUGUGUGUGUGUUCUUGCUUACAUUACAGCUUAGCUAUCAUUCAAUCAUGUAUGCUUGUGCCAUAUUUUUCCACCUAUUAUUUACAAAGACAAGCCAAAGUAAAUCUGAAAAAGAUACUUGAUACUUUAAAAUUAUUGUUUGGGAGUUUUACAAAAGCAACUAUUGUCAUCUCCAGAUUCUUUAGAAUUCUUAAUCCAUCAUUAAUAUAUUGCCACCCAUUCAAGAAUAUUCAUUAAGUCUCUUGCACUCAUACCAUGUGCUCGGCACUGUGGGCUCUGGAGAGAAGGGACAUAGGUAGGGAUCAAGAAACAGUUGAGUAAAUGUGUGAUAUUUAUACCCAUUAAUGACUGAUGAGGAGGGAAUAAAGCCAGAAGAUUGAAGAAAAAAUGUUUGAUAGUUCAUAACCAACAAUGCCUAUUUGUAGAACUUUGUCUGAGAGAUAGUCUCAAGUGUUCUGUUGCUGGAGAUUGAACCCACAGCCUUGUGCACACUGAGCGCAUGCUCUACCACUAGUCUGAACUAGUGGAAAGCAGAACACUAUAGCUAAAACUUUAGAGCUAGAGGAGACAAUGCCAUUCAUCUCAUUUCUCACUAGUUUAAAAACCAGAAAAUUGCAAAUAAGCUGUAAUCCUUAUGUAUACUAAAGUCUUAAUCUAAAAAGUUGUAUCUUGUAACCCGAACAGUUCCAGUUUCUAAAAAGAUAUAUCGUACAUCAGUAAUUUUAAAGUAUAGGCCUAUGUAAACUAAUUUUGCUCAAAUUUUCUAAGCUUACAGAAAACUGUAGUUCCAUGUUAAGUCAAUAGAGUAGAUUUUUUUCCUAAAGCUUUAUGGUUUACAAGUUGGAUAAUUUUAUCGAUUAGAAUUAUCAUGCGAAAUCAGCUGAUUUGCCUGCUAAAACUUGUGUUGGCUUUGACCUUAAAGACUUUAUAUUAAUUGUAUGUAAUGUUAAAUACACAGCUAACUUUUUAGUUUGAAAAUGUACAUUUUUCCUAUAGCAUAAAUCUUUACAUAUUUCUUGUGUUUUAAAUCUGUGCAGUGAACUGGCUGAGCUAUUUUAAAGGGAAACUUUAAUAUUAUUUGUAUUGUUUUUUAAAACCCAACACUUAAAGAAUGGAUUUUUGAAGGGCUAUUCUGGCAAUGUGAGAAAACCUAAACAAAACUGUCCUUUCCUAGUGCAUUGAAACGUUAGCAGGAGCUUGUUGGUGAGAUCAUGUAUCAGAUACAGUUUUCAUGUAUGUAAUUUUGAAGUGAUUUUUUUCUUGUUCUCUUUUUUUGAUCCCUGAAGUUCCUUAUGUGAAUAACCUUUUAAAAAUGAGUCUUUUUAAGGCCUUACAGUUUUUCAAGCCAAUGUUCAUAUUUUUUCAUGAACUAUCAGAAUAUAAUGAAAACUUUCAAAUAUUUAAGGACUUGUUUUAAAAGCCAUAAAAUAAAGAAUCAAAUACUACCAAAUAAUCAUAUAAACCAAAAGCUAAGUUGUCAAUAGUGUGUAUUGCUAAUCAGGGAGAUGUAAAUGCAGUGACCCAGUGAAAGACUUCACGUAUGUAUAAUUUUUUUUCCAGUAAACACAGAAAGAGGUUGUAGGUUAAUUUCCACUAGAGCCGAUUCAGCAGUGUACCAUGACUUGGGAUUUAUUCCAUGGGUCUUCCUUGAAUUUCCAUCCAAGAAACUGUAGACUGCAGAAGGAACAAGGUGUCUUAUAAGUGAUAUUCACGUGGUGUAGAUUCUGAAGACCACAUUGAUGGAGGCACAUUAAUACAAUGUCCACUUCAGAAUGGCCAAUGCUAGAACUUGAUUAAUAAAUAAUAGCUAACAAAGUUUCAGUUCUAAAAAAUGGUCAUCUAGCCAGGCAUGGUAGUGCAAGCCUUUAGUCCCAGCACUCAAGAGGUAGAGGCAGGCGGAUCUCUGUAAGAUUGAAGCGAGCCUGGUCUACAUAGCAAGUUCCAGGCCAACUGGGUCUACAAGGAGACCCUGUCUCAAAAAAACAAAACAAAAAACAACAAAAAAGUUAAUCUUUAUUGCACAAACAAUUCAGAUUUUCCUAUGAAAACCAAAAUGUUUAGACUUCUGUAUGCCAGGGCCAAGUAGUAACCAAAAUUAGGAUCUUAGUUUUCAGCAACAAAAGUUCUGCGGCUCAUUUUAAUUACAUCUCUUUGUGGAAGAGUUUCCUUCUAGGUUACCUGCCCAAUAUUUUUGAUCUUUGGACUGUAAGAAGCUGAUAUAUUCCUUGUAUACUGGCUGACAAUUCAUCUUUCUGCCAAAUGUACAUUUAGAGAAAUGUGAAGCUGUUAUGAUAAGAAUUUAAAUUGCAGUGCCAUUUCUGUUCUUAAAGUCACUUAGGAUUCUAAACCUAGUUUUCCAGCAUUAAUUUCCAAUGACCCAAAACUUAUUUACUUCCCUUUCCCCCUUAAAAUGAUGAUGUGAUAUGCCAGUUUGAUUUUUCAAAACUAUGUAACAAUAUUUUUAUAGUUUUCAGACUGAGGGAAACAUGAAAAUAUUUUAAUUAUUUUUCUUAUCUGUAGUGGUAUACUAAAAAAGCAAAAUAUAAGGUAUUAUUAAAAAUAAAUUUUACUUUGCCUAUAUUAAAUAAAAUUUGAACUGUAUGUUUUCUAAUUGGGUUGUUUCAGCCUGGAGCAUGACACUGAUUUGGAACUCUGAAUUUAAUCAGUAUAAUUUGGAAAUAAAUUAUAUUUAAAAAUAUCUAAA